GUGUUUCCGCACGGACACUUUCCGAGUGGGACACGAAUGGAGUGAAGAGGUGCUUGAAGAGGAGUUUUGCUGUGCCCAAGAUGUCAGGAUUAACAGAUACAGAGCGAGCUGGAUGUAAAAAGAUACUGAAGUUAAUGUCGAAAGGCGAUUUACUGUCCCUUAGCGACACAGUCACGAAUAAGGUGAUAGUUGUGGAGGAUGAGAGAGAAGCUACACACACCAUUCUGUCCUUCACUAAAAACGCGGAGGAGUUUCUGAAGAGGAAGAAGGUUCAGCGGGACCUCAUAUUCAAAUAUCUGACCAAAGAGGGUGUGGUGAUGCCCCCCAACAGCGAGAAACACCAGCUGGUGAAAAGGACGCUGCUGCUUUGGUUGCCAGGGAAGGGUAUGGAUGAUGAGAACUGUCCAGCGGAGACAGACGAGACCAACCAGGGACCGACCGAUACGCCCUCACACUCCACAAACAUGAAGGCUGAGGAUGGCUGUGACCUUCUGGUGCUUGGUCAACAGUUCUGCCAGUGGUUUUUCCAGCUCUUGAACAGUCAGAACCUCUCGCUGGGACAACCGCCUCAGGACUGGGGACCACAGCACUUCUGGCCAGAUGUGAAGCUGCGGCUCCUCGCUAGGGCUGGCAGUGAACAGAUGGAGGAGUUCCUGGGAGCUGAACUGGUUAGCCUCCGUCUCCAGGCCUUGACGAGGGAGGAGCGCCUCAUCCUCAUGCCCAACCUGGAGCCUCGAGGACUCAGGGUGCUAGCCUCCCCCCAUGGCCUGGUGCUGGUGGCUGUGGCAGGGACCAUCCACAGAGACAGUGCCUGUCUGGGCAUUUUUGAACAAAUAUUCGGCCUCAUCCGCUCCCCGCUUGAGAACAAAUGCUGGAAGAUCAAGUUUGUCAACCUGAAGAUCAGAGGGCAGGAUGCAAUGGAAGGGACAGAGAUAGUAGCUCCAGCUUUGACUUACAACUCCACUGAACUGCAGCUUCUCUGCAGCUCAUGAUACUCUUAACUUUUACAAUAUGUACCAAUCAUGCUUGACUGAGCAUGCUCUCCUUUUACUCAUAAAUCAACCAACUUGCGUUUAUAUAUUAGUUUAUCUAGGCUGUUUAUCUGAAGCCAGAACUCUACUUGCACACUCUGCUCUCCUAGCAUGCCUUAUUGUGAUUUACAGGUAAGUGGAUAAUGUUUACCUAGGGGGUAUUUAAAUUAUCUAAAAACAUGACCAGCAAAAGGAUAGGAACGCCAUCUUAUUGUGUUCCACUUUUAAGACAAUUGAUUGUUUCGCUUCUUUUCAUGGAAACAUGAUUUCUUCAAAGAAACUGUACUUUAUUUUUGUAUCUAGUGCCUUCAUGUAGACAAACAGACAUGAAUGUGCUGUUGUAAAUAUGUACCAUAUCAAAUAUAAAGAUAUUAAGUUAAGUGUUCACUUGUGCUCUGUAUGACAGGAAGGUUACUACUUUUUUUAAAGGUUUAUUUGGGGCUUUUCAUUCCUUUUAUUAGAGAAGUCUGAAAUCAGACUCAGAAAUCAGGGAGAUAGAGAGAAAGUGGGGAUUGAUAUCUGGGAAAGCAGCCACAGGUUGGAUUUGAACCUGGGCCGCCUGAGUACUACAGCCUCGGUACAUGGGGGAGGGGGGGGGGCGCACUUAUCACUACACCCCUGGAGCCCCAGGAAGGUUACUGCUUAAAACAGAAGUAAAAUUGUAUGUUCAUAUGAUAUGAACAACACGCAAUAAAAAAAAGAUUUGUUUUAAUAA